AACAAACGGUUUCUAUUUAUAUAAUGUGAAAAGUGGGCGUGGCCCUCUCUUAUGAACCAUAAAUCAUUUUGGUUAUUAAAGAGUUGAAAAACCGCUGUCACUAGCAUAUAUUUGUAUUACCCCCACUCUAUUAAGAUAUAUCGCCCAAAGGCGUUUUCGAUCGCGUGUAGCGUAGUAAAAGGAAAAUUCAGGCAGGCGGACAACUUGAUCGGCGGGUCACAAAACAAAAAAUUAGAACAAAACUAUCUAGCAAAGAGAAAAAGAAAAACGUUUAAUAUCAAAAUAAGAACAUAUAAACGAAUAAAAUUCCUAGCCGAGCGAUGCAAUCUUCUUCAUGAUCCCCACGUAAACCCCCAAAAUUCUACUCUCAAUUCUGCUCAUUUUCUCUCCCAAAAGAAGAUUCCUCGGGCCGGCCAAAAUCAUUUUUAGCCACGGCCAAUAUUUUACUUCUGCCAUUCAGUUCGAAAUUCAACAUCGUGUCGCGCAGAUCGUGGCGGGCUCAAACCCCUAGAAUAUAUAUUUCAAAUUAGAAAGAUACCCAAAAGAAAAAAAAAACGAAAAACAAGCAACAACAACAGCGACAUAAUUCGCUUGGAAAAUGUGCAUAUUAAAUGCCGGGUGAAAACUGAAUGAGCCAUUAGGAAAGCCACAAGUCGAAAAAGUGUCAGAAAAUCUGCAACAAUAAAGUUAACCAAAAGUGAUAUCAAAAAUUAAGAAAAAAUCAUGUCUUGUUGCGGCCAAAUUACCAGUAUACGAGUGCCCAUCGAGCUAACCAAUCAGAGCGAUGUGCUCAAGAUCAUAUACGAUCAUCGUCUAGAUAUCCACCAUAGGGGUCCAGAACAAAUACACGUCUCUAAAUUCUACAAGGAGUCGAAAAAUGGAAAAUUCGUGUCCUACAUCACAGAGAAUGUCCGCACCCUAUACCAGACGUUUCGUGAGGGCGCCUACGCCUCCAACAAUGGGCCAUGUCUCGGUUGGCGCGAAACCCUGACGUCCCCAUACCAGUGGAUCAACUAUGACGAAGCCCUGUUACGCGCCAAAAACUUUGGCGCUGGAAUGCUGGCGCUGGGAGCCCGGCCAAAACAGUUGAUCGGAAUUUACUCCCAGAACCGACCAGAGUGGAUCCUAUACGAGCAGGGCUGCUAUUCGUUCUCCCUAGUGGUGGUUCCCUUGUACGACACCCUGGGUCCCGACGCCUGUGCCUUCAUCAUACGUCAGACCGACAUGGCCAUUGUGAUCGUAGAAGAUGAUGGCAAGGCGGCCAUGUUGCUCGAAAAAGCGCCACGCAGUCUAAAGAUCAUUGUGGCCAUCAAGCCCAUCCGUCAAACGACGUUGGAGCGUGCGCGCAGUCGGGGCAUACAAAUAUUCUCCUUUAUUGAUGUGGAAAAACUGGGGGCCAAGGGCAAUCAUCCGGAGGUUCCCCCGACGGCAGAGGAUCUUUGUACGGUGUGCUAUACGUCCGGAACGACUGGUAAUCCGAAGGGCGUGAUGCUCACCCACGGAAACGUAGUGGCCGGCGUCUGUUCCGUGAUCCUGCAGAUGGGCGACCAUCGCAUACGAGCGGGCGAUGUUAUGAUUUCCUUCCUUCCCCUGGCACACAUGUUCGAACGGUGCUGCGAGAACGGAAUGUACUAUGUGGGCGGAAGUGUGGGCUUCUACUCCGGGGACAUCAAGGAGCUUACAAAUGACCUGAAGAUGUUGAAACCAACCGUUAUGCCGGCAGUGCCUCGUCUCCUAAAUCGAGUUUACGAUAAAAUCCAAAAUGAUAUCGCAGCCUCCGGAUUGAAGAGAGGCCUGUUCAACAUGGCUAUGCGAGCCAAGGAGAAAGAGAUCGCCAGGGGUGUCCUGCGAAGGAACGGCUGCUGGGACAAGUUGGUCUUCAAGAAGGUGCAUCAGGCUUUUGGCGGAAAUCUGCGCCUGAUGGUCGUAGGCUCAGCUCCACUGGCUGGCAAUGUGCUUACCUUCAUGCGCUGUGCCUUGGGUUGUUUGGUCCUCGAGGGAUACGGCCAAACGGAGUGCACGGGGGCCAUAACUCUCACUGUUCAGGGAGAUCAUGUGCCCAACCAUGUGGGACCCCCCGUGUCCUGCAACGCUGUUAAACUGGUGGAUGUGCCAGAGAUGGAGUACUUUGCCAAUCAAAAUACAGGGGAGGUAUGCGUGCGAGGAUCAAAUGUGUUCCAUGGUUAUUAUAAGGAUCCCGAGAAGACGGCGGAAGCCAUUGACUCGGAGGGCUGGCAUCACACCGGCGAUGUGGGCAUGUGGCUUCCAAAUGGAACGCUUAGGAUCAUCGAUCGCCGCAAGCACAUCUUCAAGCUCAGCCAGGGCGAGUAUAUAGUGCCCGAGAAAAUCGAGAAUAUCUACACACUCAGCCAAUACGUUAAUCAAGUUUAUGUCUAUGGAGAGAGCUUAAAGAGCUGCAUUAUCGCUGUUGUUGUACCUGAUACCGAUGUACUGAAACAAUGGGCCACGGAGAACAAUGUUCGCGGCACACUCUCCGUCCUGUGCAAUAAUAAGAAUGUCAAGGAACUGAUUAUGAACGACAUGCUCAAUUGGGGCAAGCAGAGUGGACUCAAGUCAUUCGAACAGGUUAAAGAUGUCUAUCUGCAUCCGGAUCCCUUCUCGGUUCAAAACGGACUGCUCACGCCAACAUUCAAAGCCAAGAGGCCGCAAUUAAAGAGCUACUUCAAGCCACAACUGGAGGACAUGUAUAAACACCUGGAUUAAAGCAAUACCUAUAUAGAAUCAACAACGAAUCGAACUCAAGAAACUGGGAAGCAUUCAUUUAAAUAUGCCUAUACCAUUUUAAACUGAUGAUAACAAAGACUACAGAUACAGAUACGAAAGCGAACUGUUUAAUUUUGUAGUUUCGUCAAUUCUUAGCAAGUAAGAGGAGCGCAAGAUACACCACAUACAGAUACAGAUACAAAACAUAUAAAAUAUACACGAUUUCAAACUGACAAGGAGAAUCCUUAUGACAGCCGCAUUUUUUAUAUAAUUUAAUCGAGACGCGAUCCCUAACUAAUACGUUAACUAUAUAUUUCCCUUAAACACUUAUGAUCUAGUUCAAAGUGAAUAGAAAACAUUUGCGUAGUCUGAAACAAAACAUAUAUAACUAACAUAUUGAGCAAAUUGAAUAAAAUGAAAGCUUUAAUUAACUAUCGUAUACUACACUCAGCGAUCGAUGCAAAACUAAAGUGGAGAACAAACUUUUUAAACUAUAUAUUAGACACGCAAAACUAAAUUAAUAAGAAUGAAAUGUUUAUCGCAAAUGCUGAGAAAAUACUUAAAAAAUAAUAAUUAAACGUCAACCGAGAAGCAGAUUAAACUUAAUGAUAAAUACGGAAAAGAUCCACUUCUUUGGACUGCACUGUCUGCCUUACAAAUACCAAAUGAAAAUUUAUUAAUAAAUUGCUAAAUCAAAACACUAUUUCAUAUUAAGAGCUAAACAAUAAAGUAAAGCAGCAUUAUAUUAAAAUUAUUACAUAGUUUCUUUAUGUAGAUACAAAAGCAGGAGAAUUGAAAAUAUAAUUUGGAAUAAUGAAAAAUAAACAAAGAAUAUACUGAGUUUUCGUUAAUACUAUUUGAAUCUGACGUUGCCACCUAAUGGAAAAAUGUAGACACAAAAUUUUUUCUAACUAAAGAUGCCUGACCAUCCCAAAAUAAAUGUUAAAUGAAAUACAUUGUAUUUGUUACUAUUUACUUUAACUUUUAAUACAUUUGAAAAACUUUUCAACUUAUAGGAUCCUCGUUUUUGUAAUAGUUUAAUGACAUUCAGUUUCAUCUUAAUUCAAUUAGUGGCCAUAGCUCUUGGAAUGCAAGAAUAGAAAAUCGUUUGAAAUUGAAUUAAUAGAACAAUUCAGACUUUAGUGAGCUGUUUUGUUGUUUAAGAUAUCAAUUGCAUUAAGUUCUAAUUAAAAUGUACAAAUGUG